UAAGCAAUAAUGCAGGAUUACUAUGUUCUUUCAAAUUGUAUAAUCCACCAACUUGAUAACCACUUGUCAGGCUCGAGUGGAAAUGAGGAGCAGGAAGACCAAGUCGUACUUGUUCACUGUAUUUAAUAGUAAGAUAAAUGGCGUAGCCUGACAAUGCUCUUAGCAGGCAAGACAAUAACACACAAAAAGACAGGGGAAGCAGAGGGAACAUAUAUACUGGGGGAAUUAUUAGAAUGAGGACUAGGUGUGCUAAACAAGACAACAGGUGAAAUGAAUUAAUGAGAUGGGCGGUGGCGUUAAAAGACCGGUGACGUCGACUGCUGGAGCCUGCCUGCUGCAGGGGGAGGAGCGGCAGCAGAGGGCGCAGUCGUCAAACUACUAACCAGGGGCAGCCCUACUUUAAUGCUGUGGUGUGUAGUGCCGAUAAAACCAACUAAAAUCUAUUGCUUCACUGAUGCUAGGAGCUGUUCAUCUCCACGUUCAGCGACCCAGAAACCGCGUCCAUUGCAUAUUACGCUAUGCCAAUGACGAGAAAGGGGUGUGACUUAGUAGGUGAUGCCAAAGACCGGUAAUCACCCAGACAGCUGUAUUCACAUACGCAUCUUAACCUGAUACAGCAAGAAAACAGUACGGACUAAUCAAAAGUGAAUGAGAUGGCAUAUUCUACCAGCACUAUUGCUGCUGGCUGCUUUGGGAAGAUAUACAGGGAGAAGUAUAAUGACACCUGGGCUGCAAUCAAGAAAGUACCACAACAUUUAAUUAACAGGAAAGACUUGGAGAGGGAGUGUCAAGUAUACAAUAAAGCGGUACAUCCUAAUAUAGUCAAGCUUCUGGGUAAUCCAACACUCAAGGACUCAAAGUGGAUCAUUCCCAUGGAGUUCAUCUUUGGAGAGGAGCUGGAGACCACCAUCUUCACAUCAUCCAAAUCUAAAAUACAGUUGAGUCCACCUAUAAAGGCUACCAUCAUCACAGGCAUGUGUGAAGGACUACUUCACCUACACAGCAAAGACAUCGUCCAUCAGGACCUCAAACCUGACAACAUCAUGGUAGAGCAUGAAACACACCGAGCUGUGAUCAUUGAUAUGGGACUGGCCAAAUUCUUCCGCAAUGGCCUCAAUUCUGCCAUUAAUAUGGGCAACGAGGCCUACUCUCCCCCUGAGGUCCUGCAGAGGACAAGCCAAAGAGACCAGCGCUCAGAUGUGUGGGCAAUGGGUAAAAUCAUUGCUGAACUUUGUGCCAGAGUGCGGCUGCAUACCCCGAGUGUCUGUCCAGAAAAGAUCCAGCAGACCCUCAGUCAUCAAGGCCAAAAGUACUGUAAUGCUGUCUGUAGGAUGGUGCAGAGUAACCCCAGAUUACGGGCCACUAUGGCUGAGGUCAUCCCGGAGAUACGAAGGGCAAACGAUAGUGGUGGCAACACCAGGGAACAACAAACGGAAAAUAUUCAGAAACCCUUUCCUCAUAAUGAGGUGAAAGAUAAAUUGCCACGUCCUCAAGCUCCUGUACAACGUACACGAAGGCCUGAGGUCAAGACGAUUGUGCGAGCUCCUGUGCGAGCGCCUUCUCCAUCUAGAUGGGAGCGUGCUGCAGCUUCUCCAAACCCUGAUGUUAAAAUAACACCAAGUCCUGAAGCUCCUGUACAACGGUCACAGUCUCCAUUAGGAUUUGAGCACAAAACCCCACCAAGGCCUGAUGUCAAGACAUUAGUGAGAGCUCCUGUGAGAGCGCCUUCUCCAUCUAGAUGGGAGCGUGCUGCAGCUUCUCCGAACCCUGAUGUUAAAAUAACACCAAGUCCUGAAGCUCCUGUACAACGGUCACAGUCUCCAUUAGGAUUUGAGGACAAAACCCCACCAAGGCCUGAUGUCAAGACAUUAGUAAGAGCUCCUGUGAGAGCGCCUUCUCCAUCUAGAUGGGAGCGUGCUGCAGCUUCUCCAAACCCUGAUGUUAAAAUAACACCAAGUCCUGAAGCUCCUGUACAACGGUCACAGUCUCCAUUAGGAUUUGAGCACAAAACCCCACCAAGGCCUGAUGUCAAGACAUUAGUGAGAGCUCCUGUGAGAGCGCCUUCUCCAUCUAGAUGGGAGCGUGCUGCAGCUUCUCCGAACCCUGAUGUUAAAAUAACACCAAGUCCUGAAGCUCCUGUACAACGGUCACAGUCUCCAUUAGGAUUUGAGCACAAAACCCCACCAAGGCCUGAUGUCAAGACAUUAGUGAGAGCUCCUGUGAGAGCGCCUUCUCCAUCUAGAUGGGAGUGUGCAGCCUUGCCAAAGGCUGAGGUCAAGAUGCAGUUGCUGCCACAAGCUCCUCUACAGCGGUCUCCUUCCCCGUCAAGAUUUGAGCUGGCAGCUCUUCCAAAACCUGAGGUCAAGAAAUCACCAACUCCCUGUGCCAAGGUACAGCAGGGUAAGGCAGUGGUUCAACGCAGUCCAGCUGUCAUGAAUCAGCUACUCUACCAAGAGGCAUCAAAGGGUUUUCCGUGCCCACUUCCCCAAACGGGCAAUGUGAGAAUCAGCCGCUAUAUGCAAACAGAUGGGGAGGUGGAGUCUUGGGAGCAGAAGGAGGUGGAGACUAAAGGAGGUAGGAUAGUGAAGUAUGAAGAUAUAAAGUACAACAACAAGUCAUAAGAACGUUGGUGGUAGUUAAAUAGUUGGGACUCUUCCAGAUGGUGGUUCACCCAUUCACCCACCUUCAGUGGAAACUGUUCAUGCAUGGAAGGGGAGGAUUUUUUUCCGCAUUUUUACCACAUUUCUUUGCUAAUUAUUUUAUUUUUUUAAUUUGUAUAUAUACAUGCAUUCAACAUUUAUACAAGGCAAGAGAUUGUUUGAAUAUUUUGUAAUAAAAUUAUUAAUAAUAAAUAUCUGGUACAUACAA